AAGCGCACUACCCUGUAACUGUGGGGUGAGCGGUCCAUGAGGCCUACUGUGUCAUGUUGAAACAGUGGUGACCUCUGGAGAUUAGGACCGGUAGCGCUGAGCCUCAUUGAUGGAGAGGUGCUUGGAGAAGUAAUCCAUCCAUGUCCUUGUAUGAUUGGAUCCAGUGCAGUUAUAUAUGGUGAAAGGAAGAACCGCCUGAGCACGUACUCAAGAGGACCAGCAGUUGUAGGUACGGCAGGCAAAACCCUGAUGUGUGUUUCUGAAAGGAGACCAUCAGAGUGUGGCUCCCAUGAUGGCAAUGUCAACAACAUCCAUUGUUGUGAGAAGAUUUGAUGGUUCCCCCAUGUCAAAAUCCACAGGUGAGUCAAGCAGAUGAAGGCUGAUCUCUCCGAGGCAUCUCUUGCUUCUGAGUCACAUUUUGAGCGCCAGAGUUUCACGAGGAAGUUAUCUUGUGUUGUGUUAUCCGCCAGCUGACCUCAAAUGAAGGGGGUACGUGAAGUUUACUUCCCUAAAAAAAACAACUGUACGCUAAAGUGGUGACCUCUCAAGUAUUGACAAUCAAGAAAUGUAGGCUUUCGUUUCCUUCUUUUGUUAUUUUUGCUGAAGGUUGAAUAUUGUUUUUGUACUACUGUUUUUCAGUCAUUAUCUAUGAAGGCACAGUACUAAACCUAAAAAAUAAAUGAUUUAUGAUGAGCUUUCAGUUUACUCUCUCUCAUGUUGCAGUGGACGUCCUGUAAAUCCGUUGCAAGAAACACCAGAAGAAGAUUUCUGCUAAAGUCUCCCCAAGUAUGACAUUUAGAGAAAAAGAUACGGGCUCAUAUAUUCUGUACCAUAGAGAGAGGCCAUAGCAAGUGCUUUCAUUUAAUAUGUAUUGGGUUAUACAAGCCAAUAAAACAGGACUUGGUGUACCAAGUUAACAGUCAUGGCACACAUUGCGCAGAGCUAAUGUCAAAGGUUUACAGUUGACACCAUCCAGUGGUAAGCAGAUGUUUAUGCAGUUCUUCCAUUAAAGUAAGUAUCAAAGUGUCCCUGAGAUGCACGUCUGAAUGUGGUUCUACAGGAAUAAACAUGCAGAGUGCUGCAGGGAUUUAUUAGUUUUUCUGUAGCUGUUUGGCAUUGAACACAGAACCAUUCUUUUUUUGCACCCCCAUGCUAAACACUGAGGGCGACAAGACUGUCGAAACAUGUCUGUCUAUCGUGUUUGGAGUAAUUCAAACAGAAAAAGAGAUCAGUCUACGUCACUUGUUUUUCUUUAUAAAUUGAAGUUUAAUUUUUUUUUAGAUUUUUUUUUUUUUUUAGUGCAUACCUUGACUUUGUUAAUAGCAUUGCUGAACUGGAUGGCAGCUGCACCAUCUUGCAUGUUGUUAACAUAAUACAGGCCCUACUGUCUUCUACACAGACAGCUCUAAAUGUGAUAUAAGCUUUAUUUGUUUCUUCAAUGAACUGCUGAUGAUAUCCUGCUAAUAUUAUCCUCAGUUCUCAAAUAUAAAGCAACAUAGGGUUGGGCAUUUAGCAUAAUGUGUCACAGUAGCAAUGGAUUUUACUUGACAUCUCUGGGUCCUGUCCUAAGCUUUUCAAGUGUUGAGAUGAGUGUCUGACUUCACCUGGGUUCCAGUUGUGCCCUCUUAUUACUAAUCACUGAGGGAGUGGUUACAGGUAAUACACAUCUGAUACCAGACUGUUUCUCUGACUCAGAAAUACUUACUCAUAACUCAGUAAUGCCCCACACAACAUUUCAACCUCACUACCAGUUUGUAUACUAGGCAGUGUUGGUGUUAAGGAUGUUAAAAGAUGACCCGCUUUAGCUCUCACACAGGAUUUUGAACCAAGAUAAGUAUCUUAAUGAGGCAAAGUACAAGUAAAUCGAGGAGGUGUGCGUGUGAAGUGGUGUUGAGGGCCUAAGACCCCUCAGUUUUGGGCUCCACUUUGUGUCGGCACUGAUGCUUAUCUCCACAAAACACCCAUAAUCGAGGAUGCUGAGACAAGCCACAACAUGACCCAACAGGGCACCAACAGGGGUGGGUCUGAGUCACUGCAGGGCAUCAAUGGGGGCAUAAUAGGAAUUUCACACUUCCACCAACCAAGACCGGUUCUACUCGGCUGCCUGAAUUUCUCAAGUAAAUAGGUUUGCUAAAUAGCCUGUAGGGGGGGGGGGUUCCACUGAUUGCACAAACAAUGACUUCACUUCACCCCAGGCAGCAGCAUAAUUUCCCACACAGGCCAAAACAGAAACUGAACUAAGAUCUGUCACAAACCAUAAAACAAGAUAUUUGUGCAAAUUAGAGUCCAUUUAUUGGAUAUCAUUUAUUUUCAAUAUACAUUAAAGGGGUGGUGAUAAUCAAUGUAACUAGCAUGUUUUACAGGAACGUGGAAUGACACAGACAUAACAAAUCAAUAAACGGAAUGUAAAAGUAAACGUUGCGUAAGAUUAAUUAGUAAUAUGUCUAUCAUGUUUCGUGAUAGUUUUAUGAUCUGGGUGGAAAAAGCAGAUGCAGAUUAGCUCAGUUACAAAUUGCACAACCUGUAAUUGCCCCACAGUAACAGGGCAGGCUCGUGAUGUUCUUGCAUGUCUCUGUACUCACCUUACCACUUACGAGAGCACCUGCCACAGGCUGCAUACCAGUAAUGAACAACCUCGACGUUUGCUUUAUAGUGAUACAACAGCUGUUGAACAGCGACAGCGAUUAAUAUAAACGAAAAAAACACGUUCUCAAAGGUUUUUACUUUUUAAUUAGCAUCAUAUUUUCAACCAAUUCAGUUGGACUACGUGAGUGCGUACUGGUAAUACAUUCCUACGUAACAUUUUGUUUUUCAAAGCUAAAGCUGUUCUCCACACCCACUGCAGACGCCUGUCUCUGCCCAACUUCACGUCUCUCGUAGACUCAUUCACUCAGGUGACUGGACUCGCUGCUGCUGUUUUCGCUGCUGCUCAGUAGACAUUUUUACAAUGUUCUGUGGACCGAGAGGAAUAAUUUCUUAACUGAAAUGCCCGAAGUCACAUGAAUGUAAUUCAAGCCUUCGGUCGCCAGUGGAGUGUGCAAGAUGGCCAGUCAGAACCAGUGCUACCAUGGCCAACUCAUGGGCUUCUUCUACAACAACAGCAAUCAAACCAAAGAUAACUGGGGCUCCACCCAACUCAUAUUGGUGCAGUGUGUGGGCUCCAUAUUCUGUUGCUUCAUCCUGGUAUCCAAUGUCAUGGUCAUUGCGGCUGUCAUCACCAACAAGCGCUUCCACUACCCCUUCUACUAUCUCCUUGCCAACUUGGCCGCCUCAGACUUCCUAGCAGGGAUUGCGUAUGUGUAUCUCAUGUUCAACACAGGCCAGGCGUCCAGAAAGUUAACAGUGCAAGGGUACUUCAUCCGGCAAGGGCUGCUGGACACCAGCCUCUCAGCUUCCCUGGCUAACCUCUUGGUGAUCGCCCUGGAGCGUUACAUCUCCGUCAUGAACUGGAAGGUGCACAGCAACCUCACCAAGCGGCGGGUGACACUGUUGAUCGUGUUGGUGUGGGCCAUCUCCAUCUUUAUGGGGACUGUGCCCAGCCUGGGGUGGAACUGUAUCUGCAGUCUGGAGCUGUGCUCCACUCUGGCACCUAUCUUCAGUCGGAGCUACCUAAUCUUUUGGUCUGUGUCCAACCUGGUGGUGUUCCUGAUCAUGGUGGUGAUGUACCUGAGGAUAUACACCUAUGUCAUGAGGAAGACGUUGGUUCUGACGCCCCACACCAGUGGAUCUAUAAAUCGCAAAAGGACGCCGAUAAAACUCAUUAAAACAGUGAUGACAGUGCUGGGGGCGUUUGUUAUCUGUUGGACUCCGGGGCUCAUUGUGCUGCUGCUGGAUGGCCUGGACUGCGAGCGCUGUGAGGUGCUGAAGUUCAAGCGCUGGCUGCUCCUGCUCGCCGUGCUCAACUCUGUCAUGAACCCCGUCAUCUACUCCUACAAGGACGAGGAAAUGUGGACGACCUUUAAGAACCUCCUACGCUGCGUCUGCAAUGGCACACGCCGGCAGAGGUCAUCCAAGGCCAACAUUCGCCCAGGCCAAGAGUCAGGGAACAGCUUGAGGCUCUCAGAGGACACUAAGAACUCCGCGCAGGAGGUGCUGAAGGCGUAGGAAGGGAACUUUGGGGUUGGACUCUCAGUAAGGACAGUUGAGAGGAAGAGCAGUAAUCAUGUCAGCCAUUUUUUCCAACGAGAUACAUGGUAGUCACACCCACACAAAACAGACAGAGUUUGGAGGUCUGUGAACAAGUCUGUGAAAAUAUUGGGGGUGUUUAUGGACUGAGAAGGUGACAGUACAUUGUAAAGUGUGCAGAAGUACAUUUCUUCCUCCACCCCCCCCCCCCCCCCCCCUUAAAGACAAUUAUUAUGAAAAAAAAUGUUUUUAACCUUUUUCUCUACCCCAUCCCCUAACCUGAAGUCAGUCUUGGAGAAUGCAGAAAAUACCACAUAUGGUUAAUACAUGCAGUUGCCUAUUCAUAUGAAGUACUGUACUAUAUUUUUCUUUCUAAGUUUGUGGUUGUGUUCCAAGGUACUAUACUGAUCCUGUGUCUAUAUUCGAGCACUUAAAUGUAUUUUUUCCUAUUUCCUCACAAUGGGAAAUGUAAACUACAUUCUGGUCGAGCAAGUCUUACACAAACUCUUUCAUGUAAAAAAUAUUACACGCAUUUACGUAGAUACAUAAUGUUAGCAUCUGGAUAUACAUACUUGCCUGUCGAUAACAGACAUGCAUGUACUGUGUAACAUGACAGGUGCACGUGUUCGUAACUCCUGCAUUUCAAGUGUCUGCAACAUUCCACCUGUCACCUUGUAGCUCCUCCCUUUACCACUAUUAUGUUUUAUCUCUAUCUUUAUCUCAACCGUCUCAAACUUUACUCUUUUUCAUCUCUCUCUCUCUCUUGCUUUCUCGUUCAAUUUUCUUUUAUCUCUCGAAUUACGCGACUUGGUAGCCACGGGGAGUGGCAGCUCACCUGAGAUUAUGGCCAUGUGCCAUAGCUGUGUUUGCAAUUCACUGGAUUUUCAAUUGUCUGCGUUGGCUUCUAGAAGCAUAGCUGGAGUCGUACGUCAUGCUUCAGAAGUAUGCUUGGAAUCAGGACAAACGAGUUUGAAAUAUUUCUUAACUUGCAUCACGGUGGUAUAAGACACUCAAAGUAACCCGCCAUAUUGUCUUCCGUUCAAGUAGGCCUAUAUUUUGGACCAAAAAUCUUGGAAAGACGUUAGUUGCUGUGAUAGAGUGUAUUAAAGUCAUUUGUUCAGUCGUUGCCUUAUCUGUAAUGGCCUGUCCCCGUCUCCACUGUGAGAAGAGGGUUAGAAUGCCUCCUCGGCUCCGGGUUCCCUGCUCUGAUAAACAGGAUGGCACACAUGUCCUGUCUAGAUGAUGAAAUGGUGGUGAUAAAUCUUUCCGCGUGCGCUGUCCCACUACAAAAUGACCUGAGGCUGAGUUUGUGGACGUGGGCUCUUCGUCUCUGAUAAACAGGAAGAGUGCGUGUUUAGCAGACCAUGAGAGGAACUGUACACACACUCAUCCUUGAACCUCCCACUGUAGGAAAAUGUACAGUGUCUGUGUCAAGGUAAAGUGACCCAUCUAGGAUGAGCUGAGCCCCAGAUUGUUGCAGAAAAUUGCAUUUUUCUGAAGGAGGCUCGCUUCAGCUAAUUUGCUUUACUCUGAAGGACAAAGUGAGCACUCUUGGUUACCAUGGCGUCAGUGUGAUUAUUCUUUGUGGCCUAUUUCUUCGGUGCACAAUGACAUCACACAUCUCAUUGACUUAAUAUGCUGUGACAUGUCAUAGUUUACUGCUAUAACCUGCAUUUUUGGACAUCACUGCGAGCCGUGGAGAGCACCUUAGCCCUACACUUGCAUUGUUGCUUGUUUCAUGCUGUAAAGACAAUGGUGAAUGGAGUAUAAUUUCCUUACCUUGUAGUACUGUCAAACCACUUUGCCCAUUAUAUAAUGUUUGUAUGAGGGUAUUGUACAGAUGUGUGAAACAGAAAUGUGGGGCCCUAUUUUCUGUGAUAUAUGGGUGGUGACGAAUGCCACCAAGAACAAUUUUUUGGGUCCAGGGCUGUCCCGGCUCACUGUCGCUCACUGUCAUCACUGGAUCUAGUAAGGACUGAAUCAGAUAUCCAGACAUUUUAAUUUUGAGGAAUCCUUGACACUGAUGGCUGCCAAGAUCAAAUUCAUAUUUAAGAGUACAUUGGUUUACUUACAUUUCCAGCAUUUCAAGGCUGUUUUCAUAUUAUGCUGUAAACUCGUACCCUAUUUCUGGGGGGUGUCUGUCACUCUAAUGGUACGAACCUAAGCUAAAAGUCUGGAAACUCUAGAAAUACUCUCUGCAUAAGCUCUGUUUAGUCCUUUGGCAGAUGGCAUAUUAAUAUAUAUUUAAUGUGUCCUCAUAGUUUAAUCAAAAAACUAACCCUGAUUUUUGUAUUGACAAUUUACUUUUCAAGUACUCUUUUUUCCUGAUGUGAGGAAGCUUUCUUUUGGAAUAUCUAUAGGCCCUGUGUAUGUGCAUGUUGAAGAUCUGUUAGAAACAUGAGAUAUGGUCAGGCUUGUUUAUCUUUCAGACCACUGGGCUGAAGAAUCAUUUUCUUUCUAUUUAUUCAGAGCAUUACCUUUUUUCCAGCUGAAAUAAAACAAACUCACUCAAGUGGGCUAUUUGCUUGAACCUGUUUGAAAUAUCACACAGCAAUAAGUCAAAGAGUUUCUCAUAAUCGCCAAAUGAAAAAGACUUGGAAUUUUAAUUGGCUUUUAAAUGGGAGAGUGUUCAGUGAAAACGAAAAAGAAAAUCUGGCAGGCACACCACACUGGGUUAUGGUUUAAUUAAGGGAACCGUUUUGGCAGCUGAGGGCUUUUUCCCAAAUAGACAAAAAACCUUGCCCACCCCAAACCUACCCUGACAGCUGCCCAGAUCCUCAGACAGGCAUGGUGAAGUGCAUUCUGGAGACCUAUUCCAAAGAGCGGUUUUGUAGUUAAGUGUCUUUAAAAUGUCAAUAAAAUUUCACAGAUGGAAGGAAA